UAGGGCUUUGGGCCAAUCCUUUAUAAUUGGAAUAACGGGAGAGUCUAGGGCAGUUUUGGAGCUCGAUUGCCUGGAGCAAUGCAGGCGUUGCGAAGAAUUUUGCCCUCAUCGAUUCGUCCACGCGCGCUCCUCCAGGGUUUUCGGGAUGCUAGGCUCUAUUCCACUGCUUUAAAUCUUCAUAUAAACAGCCAAGACAACAAUGAAAACACGCCAUUUGAGUUUACGAAAGCAAACAUGGACAAGGCAAAAGAAAUCAUGUCUCACUAUCCACUUAACUAUAAGCAGUCCGCGGUGAUUCCACUGCUGGAUCUCGCUCAGCAGCAGCACGGAGGCUGGCUUCCAGUUUCAGCGAUGAACAAGAUUGCUGAGAUCAUUGGAGUUCCCAGCAUCCGGGUCUACGAAGUUGCAACAUUCUACUCCAUGUUCAACAGGACGAAGGUGGGAAAAUACCACAUACAAGUCUGUGGAACUACACCGUGCAUGAUUCGUGGCUCUCGAGACAUCGAGGCGGCACUUCUCAAGCACCUGGGCGUAAAACGCAAUGAGGUGACCAAGGACGGGAUGUUUUCAGUCGGCGAAAUGGAAUGCAUGGGCUGCUGCGUAAAUGCUCCCAUGGUCGUGGUCUCCGAUUAUACCAAUGGAUCGGAGGGAUAUAGUUACAACUAUUACGAGGACUUGACGCCUAAGCGUGUUGUCGAGAUCGUCGAGAUGCUGAGAAAAGGAGAAAAACCACCGGUUGGCACGCAAAAUCCUACGAGAAUAAAAUGUGGACCAGCAGGAGGAAACACGACACUGCUGUCAGAUCCCAAGCCACCUCCUUGCAGAGACUUGGACGCUGUCUAGUGGGCAUCCUUAAAAAAAAAUAAUUCGCUACAGACAUUCAUCAUAAUCUACAUGUAACUUGUCUAAACUUGUAUGACAAAAAAUUUCAUGCCCAAUAAGCUCAAGAAUUUUGCAAAUUGGAAUUA